CCGUUUUCGAAAUAAUAAGACUGUAAUCAGAUAGUGUAAAAUCAAAUCAUCAAUGAGUGAAGUGAGUAGGAGAGGUUAAAUUGUCACGCUGAAAUAUUUAUAUUGUAUUUAUAUUUAUAUAUAAUAUAUUGUGUUCCUAGACAAUAGUCGAUCGGGUUAUUUCAUUGGUCAAGACUAUUACGCGCGUAUGGAUAAAGAGUGGACGUUUCGCCUGGAAGUGUCAAUUAAUACAUUUUAGAGCAACGAGACUUUUCUAUGAAAAUAUUCUUUAACAAUAAUAAUGUGGACUGUUGCACUGCUUGUGUGUUUAGGAAUUCUUAUGGGUAUAUUUUAUUGGCAAAGAAGACAACAAAUGGUCGUUUUUAAAAGAAUGGGAAUCCCUGGUCCAUCCCCAAAUUUCUUAUUUGGAAAUCUACUUACCUUCUGGAAAACACCAAUGUUUAAGCAAUAUGGAGAAUGGGCAAAAACGUUUGGCAAGACAUACGGGUAUUUUGAAGGGCCUAGUCCGGUGAUCGUAACUUCAGAUAAAACUUUACUCAGCGAGGUGUUCGUAAAACAAUUCAAAUCAUUCCAUGCAAGAAAGAUAUUUCCAGUUCAGGUGGACCCCGAUAAAGAUGAAGAGGUCCACAUGUUCUUUGCUCGCGGAGAACGUUGGCGGCGUCUUAGAAGUAUUGCAAAUCCUGCCUUCAACACCAGCAAAAUGAGACUAAUGUCACCAAUGAUUAAUAAACAGAUUGAUAAAUUUCUAAAUGUUAUGGACAAAAAAUGUUUGGAAAAGAAAGAAUUCGACAUUUAUGAUUUAUUGCAACGCCUGACAUUUGACACAAUUGCUAAAUGUGGCUUUGGUUUAGAAGCUGAUUCAGUAAGGACACACGAUGAUGAAUAUUUACAAAAUUGCCGUGGUGUAAUAAAUGAUACGACUAAAAGACCAAUCCUGUUUAUGUUUGGAUUUAUUUUCCCAACUUUACAUCGCCUUUGGAUCUUGAUCUAUUACUUUAUUGGAAAGUUGAAGUUUAAUCCGGUUAUUUGGCUUGAGAGUAAACUUCAACAGGUCGUACAGAAUAGAAAAAAAUCAAAUAAGAGAGAUACGUAUGAUCUCUUGGAGUUAUUUUUGAAUUCAGAGUAUGACCCAGACAGAACUGAAAUGGACCAACUACCUGACUGUGAGAAUAAUGUAAAAAGUAUUGCUAAACACCGGUUCCUCUCAACACAGGAAUUGGGUUCUCAGUGUUUACUGUUCCUGCUAUCUGGUUAUGAAACAACAAGUACCACGUUGGCCUAUGUUAUGUAUGAGAUGGCGAUGAAUCAAGACGUACAGCGAACACUUCAAGAAGAAAUUGACAAAUAUUAUCCUGAUGAUGAUGAUACAGUUGAAUACGACAAUGUUAUGAAAAUGGAAUAUUUAGAUAUGGUCCUUAAUGAAACAUUACGGAAAUAUCCGUUAGCCAGCACUGUAAUAGCUCGACAGUGCAUGAGGACAUCACAAGUUGGUGACUAUCAAAUAGAGCCCGGAAUGAUCGUUCAAGCAAAUGUUUGGGAUCUGCAUUAUGAUAAAAGUGUAUGGGGAGAAGAUCCAACAACAUUUGACCCAUUAAGAUUUAGCGCAGAAAAUAAAGCGAAACUUCAUCCUUGUGCAUGGAUGCCUUUUGGACAUGGGCCAAGAAGAUGUGUUGGGUUACGGCUUGCACAGCUGGAGGGUAAAAUGACUAUUGUUCGGACACUUAAAAAUUUCACGGUGCUUCCUGGAACUGAACUCGAUAGUGAGCUUAAAAUUGUUGAAGGAGCAACUAUAUUUCCACAGAAUGGUGUUCAAAUCCGUCUUGUCCAUCGUAAAUCUACACCAAAUGAGAAUUAAUGAAAUUCAGCAGAGCUUUGCCAAUGCCAAACCUAUUAAAUUACUGAAACCAAUCAUGAUUUGGACUUUUCAAAGGUUCUGUGAGACAUUUUCAAUAUAGCAUAGGACAUUCUGGUGGUUGUAUGUUGUUUUGUUGCUUUUAUUUUUUCGAAUGGUUAUGAAACAGAUAUAAUAUCUGCAGUUUCUUUUAAAGGUAUCUUUACCAACUUUACAUCGUAUGACUUCAUUUAAUUAAAAGGUUGCAUUUGUCGAAUGAAACUUUAACAAUUAAAUUAAAAUCAAACAGGUUAUGUUUUGACAAUAACCUACACGAACUUGUUACAACGUUAACAUAUUUUAAUAGAAUUUUCACAAGACUAAAAAAGGAAAUAAAUUUCCUCUGUCAAAGAUAGGAAACUUGUCAGCCAAUGCUUUUCUUUUGGUUUCAGUAUUUAAACAAUGGAGUAAAGUAUUCAUCUGUACAGCUGUGUUUAAUAGCUUAAAGUACUAAACCACGAGUUGUAUUUGUUGAUUUCAUAUAUAAAUAUAAGUAUAUGAGGGAAAUGUGCAAUACAUGCAAAGUCUUACCGGAAAAGAAUUAUUUGUUAAACUGAAUUGUAUCAGCCUUUGUCAACAGUAUAGAGCCGGGCUAGUAUGGAUGCCUGUGAAGUCCGACCAGGCUCUAUAUUGUUGUAUAUUGGUCCUGGUAUAUCUUAAACUUAGAAUAUACUUUUCUGAAUUAAAUGGAGCGAAAAUUCAUUUCACAAAAACAGUAGGUUAAGGGUACAAUAACAGUUGAUAUUAAGUCAGUUAUUGUUUCUGUAAAGAAAUUUGAAACACCUUUGUUUUAUAAUGCUUUUGACAUUGGCUGCCGUUGCCAGAUGGUUUCAUUCUCCAUUUUGAAAAUUAAUUUCCAACUCAACAAUAGCAAAAAUGUGACAUUUGAAUCUGACAUUUAUCUGUACUUCUGAUAAAUUAUAUGUACUUAUUUUGCGUAUAAUAGAAAUUUUAAAAAAUGUUGAGUUCAUUGUUAACAGUUUGAGAACUGAUAUUUGUAAAAAAAAAAUUAAUGCCAUUAUUCAAUGACAAAAAAGAUCUUCUUUCAAUUUUUUUUUAAUAUUUAAUCGUUCUUUUUAUAUACUUUCUAUUUUUCUUUUUCAUAAAUUCGAUCGAUUUUAAAAAUGAAUAUGUCUUUAAGCAUACACUUAUCUUUAUGUAAUUAUUAUGAUUGAAAAAGAAGCUAUUUGAAAUAAGUUGUAUUAUUCAGAUAUAGAUACAUAUCUUUUGCCAUAUUGUAAGUUACAAUAUUUACAUGUAUUUAAUAUGUAUUAAUGUAUUUAUUAUUGUCAGUCAGUAUACUAUGUAUAAGUUUAACUUGAAUAUAUAAUUUAUUAUGAACUUGGAAACAAUUGAAACGGUUAAUGUUGUUUCUCACUGUAUAGCGUUAAUUUCUUUUGAUAACGUUGCUUUAAGACAAUUAUCUUUUUGUUAUUGAUUUUAGUUAUUUUAUUUGUUUGUUUUAGUUUUGUUUAUUUUGAAUAUUUCAGCUUAAUUUACUUUUAAUAUCUUAUGUUUUUUUUUAUAUUUUGGUAUGUCUCAUUUACCCGUUUUUGUUGAACAUCGUUUUACUUAGGUAUUUUACUUGAUAUUAUUAUUUAUUUAUUUAUUUGUUUGUUUCAGAUCUGAUUUAUAAUUUAUUUUGUUCUAGUUUCAGAAUUUAAGAAAAUGUAAGAGAUUUUGUAAAUUGUAUAUAGCAUGAAAUAGUAAUAGCAGUAUUUUCAUGACGUGGAUGUUUAUAAACAUUUAUUUAAAUUGCUUAUACUAAUAAUUGUUACUGGUACUAGUAAUUACCGAAUAUACUAGACCGAACCUCUUGGUGUCAGCUAUAACCAAGAAAAACCUUCACCAUCUGUGCCAGACCGAAACUCUUGGUGUCAGCUAUAACCAAGAAAAACCUUGACCAUCUGUGCCAGACCGAAACUCUUGGUGUCAGCUAUAACCAAGAAAAACCUACACCAUCUGUGCAAGACCGAAACUCUUGGUGUCAGCUAUAACCAAAAUAUUCUAUCUACAUCAGAAACUGCUAUUACCAGCUAUUGCUUUCAGUACCAACAAUUUCAGAAACUACAUAUAAAAUGUCAAUUAUUGGAACGAUAAUCAGCCAUGUUAUAUUAUUUAGAAAGAUUACUUGAAAUGAUGUUAUGGUAGUAAAUCAUUUCUAUUUGUUUAAACUUUAACAUAUCUGUGAUACAGUUUUAUUUUGAUGCGUAAUAAACGAAUUUUGCAAAG